CUAAAUACCCAUAGUCAUCUCCUCCUUUACCUUCCCCUGUUGUUGCGCCCGGUGCUUCCAUGGCGUCCCUUCUCCGGCCCGCCUCGUCGUGCCCCUCCUUUCGCCUCCCCUCCUCCACAGCCCCUGCACCUCCGCCGAGCCUCCUUUCCAGGCGGCACAAGGCACCUCCCGUCCCACCCACGCCCCACACCCCUCCUUCCCGGCCCCGCGUCGCCGCCGCCGCAGCCUACGGAGGCGCCCAGCUGCUGGGUCCCGUCGACACGCAGACAUUCAUCAUCGCCGCCUCCGUCGUCGCCGCGGUCUCCCUGUCACUCGUCCUCGGCCUCAAGGGGGACCCCGUUCCGUGCGACAGGUGUGCUGGAAACGGAGGCACAAAGUGCGUCUUCUGCAAUGACGGCAAGAUGAAGUCGGAUAACGGGGUGGUCGAAUGCCGGGUAUGCAGAGGAGCAGGGCUGAUACUCUGCAAGAAGUGCUCAGGUUCUGGUUACUCUAAGCGCUUGUAGCCCCAGCUGCCCAACAUUAUGUGCAUUUGUCAAGCAGACAAGCUAGCUGGAGUUUACACGUCUGGGCGCUGUACAGACAAAUGGACGGCUCCUCUCCAUUGCCGAACUGUUUAGAUAGAUACGAGCAUACGAUGGCGAUGAUGUAUUAGAAUAUACAGAGUUGUAUUUUUCGACCUGUCCAUGUAAGUAUACAACCCUUAAUCAUCUACGCGCAAUGGCUCCACGUUUCCUGAUUA